AUGGCGAAGGUACGACGCGUCUACGACUCUGGUGAACUCGACAUGAAUUACAGCAAAGCUGCGUACGACGUUACUGCUCAACUCCGCUUUGAAAUCCACAAAGAUUUCAUUACAGCAGGAAAAGAAAGCGAAUGGGUAAAAAAUACCUUAGAAAAAGACUAUCUACAGAAACGUCAUGCAUUACAUCCACUUUGGCGAUGGCGAUGGAGUGUUACGUUUAUUUACCCAUGGACGCGAUUCUACACAGACAAGGAUUUCAAAGAUUUUAAGAAGAAUCGUAUGAUGAUGUCAUUCGAUAAAAAUGGGAAGCCUCACAUUACUGAGGACAGUAAUCUCAAGUAUCUAAAAGACCCUUACAAAACUGUAUGGAAGAUGAGUAUCUGA